UUCAGAUCUUAUAGCACUACCCUUGAUGCCAGUUUUCUCUCUCAGUCUGCUUUGUGUUGUUGUAAUAAAAUAGUUCUGGGUAGUAUAUAAAGAACGUAGGUUUGUUUAGCUCUCACGGCUUUAGAGACUGAAAAUCUAGGAUCUGUGGCUCUCUCUGGUCUGUCCUUGGAAGGGCUUCAAGGUACAGCUCUCUCCUUUCUGCUCUCAUCAGGCUUUCUGAUACCUCUAGCAUGAGAUGAGGGAGGAUUCAAAAUUUUCAAGCCUAUUCCGACUCCUCCCUCUUGCCUUCCAUUACUUGGCUGGGUAGGUGGAAAGGACCCUUUGCCAGGCUGAGCUGUGGGUAGCAAGGAGCAACAGGAACCACAAUGUGAGUGGCAGCUGAUGGGGCAGACCCAACUCUGAUGUGCAUCUCUCCACCCACAGGCCAGGACCCAGCCAGCCCCAUCAGGACCACACACACUGGGCAGGUGCGGGGCAGCCUCGUCCAUGUGAAGGACACCAAUGUGGGAGUCCACACCUUCCUGGGAAUUCCCUUUGCCAAGCCACCUGUAGGACCGCUGCGCUUUGCCCCUCCAGAGCCCCCUGAGCCUUGGAGUGGUGUGAGGGAUGGCACCUCCCACCCAGCCAUGUGCUUGCAAAAUGCUGACAAUAUGAGAGAACUGGCUAUGACCUUGUUGAAUGUGACCCUGCCUCACACCCCCAUAUCCGAGGACUGUCUGUACCUUAGCAUCUACUCACCUGCCCAUGCACAUGAGGGCUCUAACCUGCCGGUGAUGGUGUGGAUCCAUACUGGUGCGCUGGUUAUAGGUAUGGCUUCCUUGUAUGAUGGAUCCAGGCUCGCAGCCACUGAGGAUGUGGUGGUGGUCACUAUCCAAUACCGCCUGGGAGUCCCAGGCUUCUUCAGCACUGGAGACCAACAUGCCACAGGCAACUGGGGAUUACUGGACCAAGUGGCCGCCCUACGCUGGGUCCAGCAGAAUAUCGCUCACUUUGGAGGAAACCCCGACCGUGUCACCAUUUUUGGCCAGUCUGCAGGUGGCAUCAGCGUGUCCUCACAUGUCCUCUCACCCAUGUCUCAAGGACUGUUCCAUGGUGCCAUCAUGGAGAGUGGGGUGGCCUUAGUUCCUUUAUUCAUCUCCAGUUCCUCUGAUAUGGUUUCCUCAAUGGUGGCCAACCUGUCUGCCUGUGAGCAGGUGAACUCAGAGGCCCUGGUGCGCUGCCUGAGGGGCAAAAGUGAAGAGGAAAUGCUGGCUAUUACUAAGGCUUUCAAGAUUAUCCAUGGUGUAGUGGAUGGGGCCUUCCUACCCAGGCAUCCCAAGGAGCUGCUGGCCUCUGCUGACUUUCAACGUGUUCCCAGCAUCAUUGGUGUCAACACUGAUGAGUAUGGCUGGGUUCUCAGCAGAGACCUGAGCACCUCAAAAGAAAUAGACAAAAAGAAAAUUCAGGCUACUCUACAGAAUCUGUUGGAAGCAAUGAUGUUGCCUGCUGAAUAUGGUGAAUUGCUGAAGAAGGAAUAUCUAAUAGACGCUGAGGACCCCAAAAUGGUCCUAACUCGCUUCUGUGAGCUGAUGGGAGACGCUAUCUUCGUGAUACCUGCUCUCCAAGUAGCCAGUUUUCAGCGUUCCCACAUCCCUGUCUACUUCUAUGAGUUCCAGCACAAGCCCAACUUCUUCAAGAAUAUCAAGCCACCUCAUGUGAAGACAGACCAUGGCGAUGAGGUUCCCUUUAUCUUUGGAAGUGCCUUUGGUGGCAGGCAGGUUGACUUCACUGAAGAAGAGAAACUUCUGAGCAGGAGGAUGAUGAAGUACUGGGCCAACUUUGCUCGAAAUGGGAACCCUAACAGCGAGGAUCUGUUCCACUGGCCCCUGUUUGACGAGAAUGAGAAGUACCUGCAACUGGACGUCCAUCCUGCAGUGGGCCAGGCCCUGAAGGCCUCCAGGCUGAAGUUCUGGAGCAACACUCUGCCUCAGAAGACCCAGGAGCUGAAAGAGGCCGAGAGCACGCACACAGAGCUGUAGGGAGGGGUGUUAAGGAAGGGUGGGCUUGAGGACAGGUGUAGUCAGCAGGUGGUGCUUACACACCUACCAAGGAGCAGCUGAGCCAUUUGUCCCCUCUUCAUUUGUCCAUUUAGCCAACAGGUAUGAGGAACCCCUCCCAUGAUGUUUGUUGCCAAGCCUGCCAAGGGUCAUUUGUUUAUUUGAUUGUUUGGUUGUUGUUGUAUUAGAAACAAGAGCUUCUUGCUUGCUA